GCGGGGACUCCCAUCCGCAAAUUCCCGCCUCCAUGGGCGGUACCGGCUGCCGAGGGGCGACCGGUGCCCCGAGCCCCCGGUCGGUGCCUUCGCGGCACUCCGCUCCUGGGGCUGGACCCUCUCCCCCUUCGGAGGUGGAAAAAGUUUGUGCGGCGUGGAGCGGAGCGCGGCGGAGCGACGAAUGAAGAAAAUACGUUCUGUGAAGAGUAAAAGUACUUGAUUCUGGGAGGACUCUUGCAGCACUUCUAAUUUCAAAGCUGGAGAAAAGCAUGAAGGAACAGUCCAUCUGACUCCCUCAGCAUCUCGCACAGAACACAAAAUGGCUCUUCAGAAAAAAACUGUUGUUGGUGUCUUGGAGGAGUGGUGUUCGGCGGAACCGCUGUUCGGUUGCAGGUGGCACCAGAAUGUCAGGAAAAAACUGAGACUGAUACGAAUUGUAGGGCUCCUUGUCAGUGUAGUGGCCAUUAGUACUUUCUCACUUUCAAUGAGUGCCUUUUUCAAGAUGGAACCACAUAGCAUGGCACUGGUCAGCAGCCUAGAUAGCCAAAAGCUGGUGCAUGGGCACCAAAGAACUCUCUUGGAUUUCACAGAACAGAAUGAAAAUGGCACUCCAGAUCCACAUACUUCAAUGAAAUAUGAAGCUGGGCACGACAAUGAAACAGAUGAUCAUGCAAAAGGAGAGUACCCCGAGGAUCUUUUCUCUCUUGAGGAGAGAAGACAGGGAGCAGUGAUCCUUCAUAUAAUUGGAAUGAUUUACAUGUUUAUAGCCUUAGCCAUAGUCUGUGAUGAAUUCUUUGUUCCUUCCUUGACUGUCAUCACUGAAAAACUGGCCAUUUCUGAUGAUGUGGCAGGAGCAACCUUCAUGGCUGCUGGUGGGUCAGCCCCAGAACUCUUCACUUCUUUGAUAGGAGUGUUUAUAUCCCACAGCAACGUUGGCAUUGGUACAAUAGUGGGAUCUGCCGUGUUCAAUAUCCUAUUUGUUAUUGGAAUGUGUGCUUUAUUUUCUAAAGAGAUCUUGAACCUUACUUGGUGGCCACUCUUUCGAGAUAUGUCCUUUUACAUCAUUGACUUGAUCUUGCUAAUCAUCUUUUUUCUGGAUAACUUCAUUAUGUGGUGGGAAAGCGUAACACUCCUGACAGCAUAUUUUUUCUAUGUGACAUUUAUGAAGUUCAACGUCCAAGUAGAAGAAUUGGUGAAGAAGUUUUUAAACAGGAACAAGGUUGAGAAGGUAACAACAGAUGCUGAAGGAAAGUCACCUAAUGCUGGAGACAAGGAUGACCAAACAUUGACGACCAAGCCACGUCUCCAGCGGGGAGGAAGCUCCGCAUCUCUCCACAACAGUCUAAUGAGGAACAGCAUCUUCCAGCUCAUGAUUCACACACUUGACCCACUUGCCGAAGAGCUUGGAUCAUAUGGAAACCUAAAAUAUUAUGACACAAUGACUGAAGAAGGAAAGUUCAAGGAAAGGGCCUCAAUUCUGCAUAAGAUUGCCAAAAAAAAGUGCCAGGUGGAAGACAGUGAAAGGCAGAAUGGAGCGGCUAAUCAUGAGAAAGGUGCAAAAGUGGAAGUUGCAGUAACACCACCAAGUGAUUCAGGACCAGUGCAGAACGGAAUCGCCCAUAAUGUUGAAGAGAAUGAAGAGGAUGAGGAGGAACAGCCUCUCAGCCUGGCCUGGCCUGAAACCCCACGCAAGCAGAUCACCUAUCUUCUGGUAUUACCCAUUGUUUUUCCACUGUGGGCUACCCUGCCAGACGUCAGAAAACCUACAUCAAGAAAAUUUUUUCCUAUCACAUUUUUUGGCUCUAUCAGCUGGAUUGCCUUCUUUUCUUACUUGAUGGUCUGGUGGGCACACCAGGUUGGAGAGACCAUUGGUAUUACUGAAGAAAUCAUGGGAUUGACUAUCCUAGCUGCUGGCACAUCCAUUCCUGACCUUAUUACCAGUGUUAUUGUAGCACGCAAAGGUCUGGGGGACAUGGCUGUAUCCAGUUCUGUUGGAAGCAACAUAUUUGACAUCACAGUGGGCCUUCCUCUUCCAUGGCUCCUGUAUGCUGUGGUUAACAGCUUUGCCCCAGUGACAGUCAGCAGCAAUGGUCUGUUCUGUGCGAUUGUCCUCCUCUUCAUCAUGCUGCUCUUUGUCAUCCUCUCCAUUGCUUCCUGCAAGUGGAGGAUGAAUAAAAUCCUGGGUUUCCUCAUGUUUGGGCUUUAUUUUGUGUUCCUGAUUGUCAGCGUCCUUCUGGAGGACAAAGUGAUCCAGUGUCCUGUCUCCAUCUAGUGGAAAGUGCUGUUUCUCGACAGAAAAGAAAAAAAGAAAAAAGAAAAACCAAAACAUAUUUAUUAAAGAAAAAAUACAUAUGUCGAAACAAAACAGCAAAAAAAAAAACAAAAAACCCAGAGUGUGGAAAAUUGCAGCGGGAAUAACCUAUGGAUCUGAUGGAUCUGUAAAUUUCCUCCUCCUCAAUUUUGAAAGAAUGAAAGAAAGAAAUGGAAACAAAGAGUCAGUCUCAGAGCUGAAGAAUGGCUGCUGCUGGACAGUGCAGUAAUGCCUGAAGGGCUGAGUCUGGGUGCACCGAGGCUUCCUCUGCUGCAGAACAUCCUUGCUGCUCAGCACUGAACACACGACAUACUCAUGGCAACUGUGAAAGUUACUGAUUCUCCUCUGCCUACGGUACCUACCCGCAGACUUCUUGUUCUCUGUAGUAGUAUACACAGACACACAGUGUGCUCAGUUCUUAAAGCUCUCCUCUUCCAAGGGGAAUGCUAAUAUUAACUUUGUGGAGGCACCACCCCCCACACACCCUGGUACAGAAUUUUUCCGAUAACCUGCUGAAACUCCUGAGUGGAAAGCAUACACCAAGCGAUGAGUCACAAACAGGGAAGAGCUUGUAUGCCUCUUCAUGUAAGUGGAUUUAUGUGAUGUGAUUUCAGCAAAGCCAGGGAAUUCAUCAGUGUUUUGAUCAUCUGCAUCACAGGUCCGUAAAGGCAAUCAGCAGGAUGUUAAUGGUGGUUUUUCACAUCUUGCAAAACUCUUCAGGUUCCAGAAACUCUGGCACUGAAGGAGCCAUGAUGCCUGACCAUUUUGUAACUGGUGCAGAUUUUCAUUGCAUUCUCAUGCAAAGACCAAAAUGGGGAUAAUCUUUCUUCUCUAAUAGCAACGCAGCAUGCAGUGACAUCAUACAGUUAAGUGAACACACCAUUUUUUCUAAUGCAGCAAUAUCAACAGUACCAAUGGCUUUCAGAUGCUGUUAUGAGUUUGCCUUUUCAUGCCAGAAUAAAAAGGCUAAUUUGCUUAUGCAUAGUAUUUCAUACAGAAAAUAGAAGUAGUUAUAAAGUGGCAGCCUAAUUGCUAAGUGAAUAUAUACUUUAUAGGCUUUCACUAUUACUUGGAGUGUAAGGACCUUCACAGCUACAUAUAGUUAUAGCUGGAAGAGAUCUCCAGCUGUUGUAUAAAGCUGGGGAAAUUCACUGUUUGCUGUUAUAAAUUUGCUGUUAUAAAUCUUGAAACUAGGUAGGAGAAACACAAUUUAAAUACAGUGGAGCUGCAAGAAACUUACAUGAAAAUUCUUCAGUAUUGCUGGAAGUGUACAUGUCUAAAGAAAGGAAGGAGUGAAAAUGCAACAUCCUUUUUCUGAGAUACUGAGAGAAUGAGAAGGUCCAAAAAUAGAGCAGAAAAAAAACCAAGAAGGGAGAAAGCAACUAACUUUCUGUAGUUUGGCUGAUUUUUUUAAAAAAAUUAGAGGACUGGAAUGAAUGUUAAGAAAUUAUUUCAGAUAAUCAUCAUUUGUUUGUUCAAAUGUUUUGUGCAAUUAAGAGUUCAUGAAGUUUCAGUGCAUUUCUGUGACCUGUUUCAGCAUUGUUUUAUAUGUGUAUUGUGCUCACAAUGGCAAUGCCAUUCUCACAUCUGUAUAACAGAAGUCUCAGCACAUUUUGUCUUGGCUGUUUUUCUCUGCUCCACACUGUUCGUUUCUCACUCAUCCCCUUUUUCCUUUACUGUUCUCCUGUUAUAUGUGUUUGUAUGUAACAGUGUAUGAUUAGAAAGUAAGGACUUGACAGAAAACAACGGUAGAAAAAACAGUACAAAAUUCAUAUUAGGAAUGUUAAUAUUAUGUGACAUCAUGAAGAAAAAAGUGAGAUGUUAUUGAAAUAAAGGAAGGAUACUAGGAGUUGCAAUGUCUGCUACUCAUAUAUUGUCCUAAGUCCUAGCUACAUGCAGAAUCAGUAUUUGAUCUUAACUAUACAACAAGCAACAUCUCUUUCUUCUUAGGGCUUUUUAGAGUGAGCUUUUCACAUUGAGAGCAAAGCUUGUCUUUGUAUUCAAGAUCCUUCACUGGUGCAGAAUUGUUACCUGUCUUAACGACAGUGCUGCCCAUCUCUUACAUUCGUUCCUACGGGGUAUGCAAUGGAAAGGUGGGUGUAUAUUCAUAACUGUGGUGCCCUCUACUGACAGAACAGCAACCUGAAGCAAUUUGUGACCCAAAUUCUGACCUCGCCCAAAACCUGUGUCCCAAAAUAUGGAGCUGACUCCGCAGUACAAUCUAUUCCAGAGGAGUCACCAAAAGCUUUUGUUUCUGAUGACAGUGCUCAAAACAGGCAAUCCUUUCCCAAGUAAGCAGAAUCAUGCACAGGAGUGAUCUAAAGGAAGGGCUGUGUAUGCGGGCACUUACAAAAUACUGCAAUGUCCAGAUUUCACUGAUCUGACAUUUCAAAUCAAGAAACAAGACCAGAGUCCAAUCUCUAUUUAGUACACUAUUUUUUUUUAACUUCAUACCAUCAUGGCAUAACAACUCCCACACUGGAAAACUCCUACCUGACCUUCAGAGCUCUAAGAGCACUCUGAUGCACUCAGGGCAUCAGCAGCAGAGACUGCUGCCCCACUGAGGGCAGGUAGGGCAUAGAGAGUAACUGGCAUCAACAGCUUAUAGGAAGACCUUUAUGUAUACCAUUAAGGACAUUGAUAUCCUGUAAUGGCAUUUCUAUACUGUCUUAAAAUGCAUCUCGUUUAUUUCCCAUGUCUGUUUGUCCCUAUCACAUCUUUAUCUAAGAAGGUAUUAAAAACAACUUUUCCUCCUCCAGAAUAAGACACCUCAUGGCUCCCACUGCCUUAUAUCAUUGGGCAGAUCAUUUUUCAAAUGGCUGAAUAACUGUGCCAGUGAUACCUCAGAUCCAGGGUUAAUAGGACAGAUUUCAAUUGUGUGGUGCUUUCUGUAAAGACUGUCUGUGAACAAUGUUUAUACUUGCCAAGGCACCUUUCUACUGCUGUGGUAAACUGUUGGUGGAUAAUUGGAUGCUGAUGUGCUCUUUGAUUACAAGACAACAGCUCUGCUGGCUAGUAGAGAAAAAGAGGAGUGGGAUGGAGGGAGAAGCUUAUUCCCUUAUCCUGUACAGAAGGAAUUCAAUCUUAAACUAGAAUGCUGAGAAAACAGUCAAAAGCUGCUCCAACCCAGUGACUGGGUGUCAGUGAGUUGUCCAGACUCAAUGCUGCCAGAAACGCAUGCACUUGUUGCAUUCCUAUUUUAUAAUUCCUAUUUUAUAGGAAUUCCUAUAAUACAUUCCUGUUUUAUAAUUUCAACAAAUCUCCCAGCAUAAAGUGUUUCUCAUUGUUCAUAAUUCUUUCAGUGUAGGAUCACAAACUCUUCUCAACAUUGCACGCCUAGAAGUCAAACUUCUAUUUUCUUCAGCCAAAGUUCUGAAUGACUUCACUAGGAAUCUCGUCCUUCACACUGCCCAAAUUCUAUAGUGAGCUGAUUGGUGUUGAAGCCUUUUCCACUUGGCUGUAUGCCUGUGCUCACUUACUCAAUCGCUACUGCUGUCUGCAUAAUCCUUGUGAAGUAUAAAUGAAUAAUUAAUAGAAAAAUUGGCAUUGAUAAAGAUCCUGUUCUAGCUUAGCACUUUCAGGACACCAGCUUGGAAACAUAGAAGUAAGAUAAGAAUGCAACUUCAGAUUAAAUACUCAACCCUCUAUGGCACCAUCAUCUCUGAAUGGAAUCAAUAUUGAACACAGUUUUUGGAAGGGAUUUGUGGUAGCAUUUGAAUAGGAUCAUGGUUCAGAUUGUAGCCAGUUUUAAAGGUCUUCUGCACUAACUUCAUUGGAAUUAAAUAUGAGAAUGGGCCCCAUUGGUAAAAAAUACCAUGGGAGUUCUACAACUAUUCUGUUUUCCCUCUGCAUAAGCCACCCUGGUCACAACUUGGCAAAAGCUAUAGAAGUGUGAUUAAAAGUGUGGUGUGAAGAUUCUCUCCUUAAGAACUACAUGUAGACAUGGAAAAGUCUUUCAGCAAAGCUCUUUGUAUUUUUAAUUAACUAUUUUACUGAAAGCUAGUGCUUUCUUAUAGUGCAGACAGGCUCUUGUGUCUGUAUGCUUCUGCUUAUGUAUCCAGUUGAUGUGGCUGACUGCAUAAACUUCAUGAAGCAUAAAGCACAGUGGGUGACAAGCAACCUUAUCUAGGUGUCAUUUGUUUGUAAUGGCAAUGAACCUACCAUAUAAUUUCAACAUACACUACUCUGAAGUAGUUUAUGGUCACUGUCACUCAUGGUACUGUUGUGUGUGGAUAUGAAGGUCCACAAAGUGGUAAGUUAAACAUGUAGUUAAUCCAAGUACAGUGAAAAAUAGAUGCUUAGAAAUAUUAUUAAUGUUUGGGUGUUUUUUAAGGGAUUAUUUCUCUGGUUGUCUUUUACUUCAUUACAUAUUUUGCAAAAAAAAAAAA